UUGAGUUCGUAACGGAGACCUCGAGCGCCGAAGACAAAAGCGCACGAGCAUCCGACUAUUGAUUAUUUCUGUAAACAGUCUAUUACAAAUAUAUUACAAUUCCCGGAGAAUUAUCGGAUCAAUUAAUAGUAUAUUUUUUUUUCUGAUUUAAAACGGGAUUUGAUGGCGAGCUGAUUUGCUGUGCUGAAGAAUAGAGGCUCUCUCUGGUUAUGUUUCAGAAACAAAGACUUCACUGGAUGACUGACCAUUGUUAUUAAUAUCAGUCAACAAUCAGGAUUGUGAGUUAGAGUCAGGAGAUAUUGAACAGAAGUCUGUGGAAUGUCAGCAAUAAAGACAGAAGAUGCAGCCAAUGGCAAGAGUGUUGCUAAUGGAGGAGGAGUCGUGUAUGAAGAGGGCGGAGUUACGGUCCUCAGGUCUACAGACCUGUCAGAGAUGUUGGCAGCAGGAACUAAAGAAGUUCACGAAAAGGCGGAAAACACACAGUUUGUCAAAGAUUUUUUGAGGGGACGAAUCCGCAAGGAGCUUUUUAAGCUUGGCCAUGUGGCUUUAUACUUCACAUAUUCCACCAUGGAAGAAGAAAUCGAAAGAAAUAAAGAUCACCCUCAGUUCGCUCCACUCUACUUCCCUAUUGAACUCCACCGGCAUGAUGCUCUGGCUCGGGAUCUGGAGUAUUUCUACGGUGAAGACUGGCAAAACCAGAUCAGCUGCUCUCCGGCCACUCAAUGCUACGUGGACCGUAUACACCAGAUCGGCCAGGAAGACCCUGUGCUUUUAGUGGCUCACGCUUACACCCGCUACAUGGGCGACCUGUCGGGUGGUCAGGUGCUGAGGAAGGUGGCCCAGCGUGCUAUGAAGCUGCCAACAACUGGAGAAGGGCUGAACUUCUAUGAGUUUGAUGGUAUUCACAGCACCAAGGCCUUUAAACAGCUGUACCGCAGCCGAAUGAAUGAGCUGGAGCUCGACAUGGACACCAAAGAGAAGAUCGUGGAAGAAGCUAAACGAGCCUUUUACUUCAAUAUGGAGGUUUUUGGAGAACUGGAGGAAGUAGGAAAGACGCUUCAGGAUGAUGUUUUAGAUCCAGCUCCUGUUCAUGGUGACAUGCAGGGACAUAACAGCCAGUGCCCUUACCCCGCUGCCAAAAAGGCUGCCAGCGGAGGAUCUACGUAUAUUUGCCAGAUGGCCAUGAUCGUGCUUAAAAAUCCCUCCGCUCAAGUCCUAUUGGCUGCCUGGAUUGCUGCCUUAGCUGGAUUGGCUGCUUGGUACCUCAUGUGACCUCAUAUGACCCAAUGAGAGGAGGAAAGGUUCAGAUAUUAAAUCAUUCGCGCUUUAAAAUUGUGAGGCAUUCCACACCUUGAACCCUUGAAACAUCUUCCACUUGGUUUGAACCAUUUGCCCUUUUGUUCUCGGGUAAAUGUGAUUUAUCCUAACUUAUGAAAAUGCACUCUUUAAAAGCAGGAUAGCAUUGUUUAGCGUGUUAUUGUGACAGUCAUUACUUUUUAACCUGUCAGUGUUUAUGAAAUAUGGAGUUAAUGGUUGAGAGCUGCAGAAAAGGGCAGGAUGUGGGAAGAAAUGUAUCAUAGAAUUAUCAUUUGAUGCAAGAAAUCUUAGGCCUGAAGCAUACUCUACGCAAGUACGUAAACGCAAAUGCUUCUAGCUAACCAAGCUCGAUUUCACAUGUCAUUUCGGUUUGAAAUGUGUCAGAACGCUGCUCGAAUGCGACACAAUCAUCAGUGUUGCCACAAUGUUGCUAUAAUGGGAAUUAGUGCAUAAAGUUGUUUUAUUAAUAAAUUUAGCGCUACAUUUAGUGCUUAAUUUAUACGGUUAA